UGAGGAUGUAGGUUUGAUCCCUGGCCUUGCUCAGUGGGUUAAGGAUCCGGCGUUGCCGUAAACUGUGGUAUAGGUCGCAGAUGUGGCUCGGGUCCUACAUUGCUGUGGCUCUGAUUCGAUCCCUAGCCUGGGAACCUCCGUAUGCCACAAGCACGGCCCAAAAGAACCAAAAAAGAAAGAGAAGGAUCUCUAACAAAGAGAUCCUGAUGGAGGUACACUGAGUGAUGCAUCGCAGUCCAGCUCGAGGAUAAGGAAGUCACACGGCCUGGGGAACUAGGACGUCCUCAUUUGCCGGCUGUUUCCGAGGUGAACGGCUUUUAGAGCCCACAAGUCGUGGGGGGCGGGGAGGGGCAGCCAAGGCGGUCUGUCCUUUCGGUCGAACUCUCCUGUCUGUUUUAACUUGUUGCAUCUCCUUAUACUCAAUACUGUGAGAGCCUUCUUUUAAAAAGUGGCUUACUUGUUGCAGGUAAUUCAACAGAUUCUUUUACCCGAAAGUGAAUGUUAUUGUGUAUUUUUUUUUCUUGUUUAAAAAUUCAGGCCUGGGGUUGGGGGAGCCAGACCUGGACCUGGUCGUGAUGGCAUAAGGCUGCCAUUUCUUAACCAGGCAACUCUAACAUGAAAGCAGGCAAGCGAGCUCUUGUCCUCUGCCAGCGCUGUCAGUGAGAGGACACUUACCGCUGCGGCUACAGAAAUCCCUUACGGGGCAUUCAGGGCCUUCCAGCCUUUGCAUAGUACUUGUCAUAUGCUGGGCACCCUUCUGAACAGAAACUAACCUGUACCCCUCCGGGAGGUAUGUACUAUUAUUUUUCCCUUUUUACCAAAGAAGAUAGUGAGGCAAAGCCGGGUUAAGUAGCCUGGGACCAGCCACAGGGCUAGGACUGUGUGGGUCCAGGCAGAGUCCAGAGUCCGCUCUCCUGUGCUCCCCUCCAUGAUUCUCGGCCCUGCUGGUCCGUUAGACUCAUCUGGAGAGCUUGCAAGAGGGCCGGGGGCCUAGCCCUACCUGGGACCAGUCCGAGCUUCACUCUUCGCCCUUCCCGGGGUCUCUCUCCCAGUCUUUCUGGCUGACCAUGCCCCGUCCUUCCCUGAUUUCAUGGCACAUGUAGGGGUUUAAUGGCCUUUUACAGUUCAGGAUACACAGCUUUCUGGUUUGGCUCUGUUAGGCAGGGCCCUGGAGCUAGGGACGUCCUGCCCACUAUGUGUGUCCUGGCCAGGGCCCCACACAGCAUUGUGCCCAAACCCAGCCCGUGAUUGUGUGUGGUUGUCACUUUGCCUCAGGGGGGAUCUCAUAAGGUACACGGAGAGCACAGAUGGUGACUUGGGCAGAUCUAAUCUGAGUGGCCCUGGCGUGUCCGAGCUGCAGUUUGCUUACCGUGGACUUGGAGAGGUGGUCAAGUUAGAGGCUGAUUGUGCAGAUUAAAUGAGAUGCAUGAAAGUACAGAACAGGCUCCUGCCGGCAGGAGGCAAUCAGAAAUAAAUGCCGAGUUCCUUCUGUGUAAACUAAGCAUGGUUUUGACUGUGAAGAAGCACUUGAAAAUACCCUCUUCGGCUUUCAGUCAGAAGCGGGAAGUCGUGGCAUAUCUGGAGCUGACAUAGACCUUCAGCAUCAAGGAGGGAUGCAGCCCCUGCAAUGACAAGCAAGGGGACAGGCAUAAAGAAGGGACUUGGCCAAGGGCACACUGUGAGCCCAGAUGCGGUCUCUGUAGGAGUUCUCCUCUGUGCUGGGUACAGAGAGGUGCUUAGUCUCCUGGCGCUGUGACUGUGACUACCUUUGCUUCUUAGCAUCUGUGCCACCACCCCGUGUCCUCUUGUGUACGUUCCGGAACUCUUAAAGCAGCUUUGCCGGCCUCCAGUGGCUGACCCCAGUGUAAGGCUUUGCCUGCUGAGAGCGUCCUAAAGGAGCCCCAUGGGGUACGAGUACGGUUAAGGAGGUACAAGGAAAGAACUUUUUGCAUCAGAGGGAAAAGAGUUAAAAAUACUCCAACAAUGAAUGGUUGAAAGCCCACAAACCUCUCUCCGGUUCCCGUGUUUUCUGUGAAGAUGGGGCUCUUUUAUCUUUCCUAAGUUCUUGCCUGUAUAUGGUCAGAAGCAGAGGAGAAGUGAAGUUAUUCCAACUAUGCUUCUAAUAGCACGUUAAUAUUUUGUUUUCACCAAGCAUCAUAUUGUAAAAGCUUCAAAAUGGCGUCACGCUUUGAGAUUAUGUUUGAACCAUUAUAAACGUCAUUUUCUGUUGAUGCUUCAAAAUAGAUUUUUUAGAUUUCUAUCCAUGUUGAUUACUAUUAUUUGAAUUGAAAGUGAAAAACAAUCCAUUGAUAUAUAAUACGUAUUGUUUAAUCUGGGGCCUUGUUUCUAGGGAAGCGUGCAGCCCAUGGUGAAGAUGGUGAGAUAGCAAGAGAUUUCACACAUUGGCAAGCUGAGAGAUUUUCUUCUGGAACACAGGAAAGAUUAUAUUAACGCUUAUAGCCACACCAUGUCUGAAUACGGGCGAAUGACGGACACGGAGCGAGACCAGAUAGACCAGGAUGCUCAGACGUUCAUGAGGACCUGCUCAGAGGCCAUCCAGCAGCUGCGAGCCCAAGCCCACAAGGAGGUGCCUUCCCAGCAAGUGAAGGAGCACAGGAGUGCCGUUCUGGACUUCAUCGAAGAUUACUUAAAAAGAGUCUGUAAGCUCUACUCCGAACAGAGAGCCAUCCGAGUUAAGCGAGUGGUGGACAAGAAAAGACUAUCUAAGCUGGAACCAGAACCAAAUACAAAGGCAAGAGAAUCCAUGUCUCCUGAGAAAGUCUCACAGAGCCCUUCAAAAGACUCUGAAGAAAAACCUGCCACUGAAGAAUAUUCAGAAAAGAUUCCGGCGGAAGCACAACCUGAAUUGGGAACGUGGGGAGAUGGCAAAGGUGAAGACGAACUGUCCCCAGAAGAAGUACAGAUGUUUGAGCAAGAAAACCAGCGCCUGAUCGGGGAGAUGAACAGCCUGUUUGACGAAGUGAGGCAAAUCGAAGGCAAAGUGGUUGAAAUUUCCAGACUCCAGGAGAUAUUCACAGAGAAGGUUUUACAACAGGAAGCCGAGAUUGACAGCAUCCACCAGCUGGUAGUGGGAGCCACCGAGAACAUCAAGGAGGGCAACGAAGACAUCAGGGAGGCCAUCAAGAACAACGCCGGCUUCCGCGUGUGGGUGCUCUUCUUCCUGGUGAUGUGCUCCUUCUCCCUGCUCUUCCUCGACUGGUACGACAGCUAGGCCGCCACUCCCGCCAGACGGGAGCCCCAGCAUCGCAGCCACGCGGACUCUCUAGGGACACCUGGACCUGUGGGCUUGAGCCCAUUAGUAGCUGAAAAAGAAUCUACGCAAUUGAACGCGGUCUGCGUGGUGGUCCUGCGGCCGGACGGGAGGGGGGAGGGCGGCCAUUCCUACACCUGCGGGGCGCGGGGACGGCAGGCCUCUCCCCCGGCACCGCCGCCUUGGGCUCCACCCUCCCGGAGGCCGCAGGGAGACUGCUGGCCCGCAGCCCUGCUCGGCGGAGGACGUUUGUUUGCUGCGGCUUCUUGUCUGCCCGGGCAGCUGAUACGCAGCCUUGCUGUGCUGGAGCCGACAGCCCACCCUUGCCUUGUUAGCCCAGGAGAUGCAGUUAGAGCACCGCCUGUACCGCUGGUAAGUCCAAGUGCAGAAAGUCCCUGCACCCCACCUGCCUCCGGUCGGGAAAGAUAUGGGGGAUGGGGCCGGGGGACGCGGCUCCCCCGAGAACUGCCUCCCCCCACCACCGUCCUGACCAGAGGGCAGGGCCUGACUUCGUGCCACUGGGGCCCAUGGAGCUCUUGGCCGGAGAAGGACCUGGGCCUGAGGCACCGGCGGCCACGCGUGUGCAGAAAACAGCUGGUGUUGGGGACCCCACAGCCGGGGAGCGGGGGCUCUACACAGACGGUCCCAGGGCGCCGCAGCGAUCCUUGUGUUCUUUGUUAAGAGAGUGAAAGUGUCAGAAGUUACAUGGGGAUGAGUUUACAGCCGGUGAAAUACACAUCUACUGGAAAGUACAAA